CGGCUCGCCCCUCUAGUGCCCCUUUGUGAGUGUGAUGGCAAACACUGAGGAGGUGGCAGUGUCUAUAGGGGACUUGGUAGUGGUGAAGUCUGAUGAUGUAUCCAAUGACCCAAACAAGACUCAGGUCAUCCUCCAGCUCCAGCCAAUCACCACUGGAGAUGAGUCUUCUGAAACAGAUGCAGCCAUCAUGGCGGUCGAAGAUCAUCUAGAACAAACUGAGGGGGAGGAUGUUGAAAUCGGCUGUCCCAUAACUUGCGGCGACUGUAAAGCUGUGUUGCUUGUGAAGAAGUUUGUGUGCCCAGGAAUCAACGUGAAAUGUGUAAAGUAUGAAGACCAGCUGAUUAGUCCAAAGCAGUUUGUGCACAUAUCUGGAAAAGCCACUCUCAAAGACUGGAAGAGAGCCAUCAGGAUGGGGGGAGUCAUGCUAAGAAAAAUGAUGGAUUCGGGUCAGCUGGACUUCUACCAGCACAGCACACUUUGUACCAACACGUGUCGCAGCACCAAGUUUGACCUUUUAAUCAACAACACUCGUUUUCCUCCAGACGGCACUGGCCUUACUUCACCCACAUCCUCUCAAGCUCACGUGGUUCUAGGGAACGACAGUUUAGCGACUGAAGAUGGAGUCGAUGUGCCGGGCAGAAAGUCAGACUGGAGCUCAAGUUCUUUAGAAUCUGCAGACAAGAACGGCUGCAGUGAGAUCUCAGAGGACACGCUGAACUUUUGGAAGGGUAUUGCUGACGUGGGUUUACUGGGUGAAGUGGUGACCAACAUCAACACAGAGCUGGUGCAGAUGCUGAACAGUGUGCUGCAGCGCAGAGAUGCAGCUGCUUUACAGGAAACAGAUUCCUGUCUGGUAGAGGUGGCCGUGCUCAGUAACAUCGCCCAAGUCUUUGGCCUGCUGGACUUGGUCAAGAAGAUUCUGGAAACAAGGAGGCAGCAGACGGAUCCCAGCCAGGAGCAGAUCCUUAGCACCCUCACUAACCUGGAAGCUCAGUUAGAAGAACAGCGGAAGCAGCAGCAGGUCCGAGCUCUUCUCUCCAACCCACAGUCCACCAAAAACAAACCCGCCACCAAACGUCCGACCAAGCGCUCCCGCCUGCAGAGGCCCGCCUCCACCACCACCCUCCUGACGUCCUCCGUCAGUCAGCCGGCCGCCCUGCAGCCCCAGCAGUUCACUGUUCUGUCUCCGAUUUCGCUCUCCUCCGUGGGGCAGCCGUUCACCGUGGCGGGGCUGCCCAUCGCCUCUCUGGCUCGGUCGUCCAACACUGUCACGCUUCUCCCUGCUGGCUCGCAGCUCUUCACUCGCUACAUGGUUGCAGGAGACGGAAAGGGCGACGCCAUCACCUUACACCCCUCGUCGGGCCUCACGCUUGUCGGCACUACUGCCGUGCAGGACACCAGCCAGCUGGGGGCGGUGAUGAGCCCCAUGGAGCUGGUCCACCUAAGCCAGCAAGCCAGCGGCGCUGAAGUGGUGGAUGGCACGGUGCUGGUGCAGCAGGGGGUGGAGGGCGGCCAGGAGCACACGGUCAUCGAGAUCAACCCAACGCCUGUGGAACAGGCGGUGGGGGUGAUGGAGCUGCAGCUGGCCGGUGAGCCGGGCAGAGAUGAGGCCACCAUGGUGGUCCAGAGCGGGAUGGAGGUGACGAUGUCGGAAGAGACGCAGGAGGUGCAGACUGAAGGGGUUCACGGACUGCAGCUGGACGCCAGCGGACCCUUGUCAGACGUCCAGAUUUUAGUGAUUGAAGAGAACGCACAGGACGAAAACAAAGGAAAAUAAAAUGUUUUGUCCUCCGCAGCAGGUAGAGCCUCACAGUCAGCCGUCACACUCUCACCACACUGUAAAUACACAGAACCAGCAAAUCUACAAGAAGCUUCGCCUCAGACCGAGCUUUUCGUGCUCCUCAACAUUUUCACUCCGACGCAGAUGUUCUGCAGCAGAGAACCUGACACGUCUGUUUAAGUUCUGGUUUAUAACAACUUGGCUCUUAUUUUGUAGUCUUGGCCACAGUAUAGGUUGUUAUAACUUGAGUUAAUGAAACAGAUUAAAACCUAACUAAACCUAAACACAAAACUUAAAGCGUGACACUUCAGGCUCUAAAGUUCAAGCUUUGACUGAAGCUAAAGGUCGUUA